CACAACCCAACACACCAACAGAAAAAAAGCAAAAAAAGAGAAACAGGAAAGAAGAAGACUAUCUCGGUCUUCUCUCUGAAGUCUAAAAACUGAGCUGAAGUUUGGCCUUUGAAGUUCCAAGACCGUGACGACGUUGUAUACUCAGCUAUGACUGUUGACGAUCUGAAACCGAUUAAGAUCCGGGAGGUAUGGGCGGGUAAUUUGGAAUCCGAAUUCGAGCUGAUCAGGGAGGUCAUCGACCACUACCCUUACAUUUCCAUGGACACCGAGUUUCCUGGUCUGGUUUUCCGGCCGGCCGUUGACCCUUCCAAGCCCUACUACAGCCAGCUCCAGCCGUCCGAUCAUUACCGGGUUUUGAAGACGAACGUCGACGUUUUGAACCUCAUCCAGGUGGGUCUGACCCUCUCCGACGCCGACGGGAACCUUCCCGACCUCGGAAGUGAAAACCGGUUCAUCUGGGAGUUCAACUUCCGCGACUUCGACGUGGCGCGUGACAGUCACGCGCCGGACUCGAUCGAGUUGCUGAGACGGCAGGGGAUCGACUUCGAGAGGAACCGAGAGGAGGGGGUCGACUCGGCCCGGUUCGCAGAGUUGAUGAUGUCGUCGGGACUCGUUUGCAAUGACUCGGUGAGUUGGGUCACGUUCCACAGCGCGUACGACUUCGGGUACCUGGUGAAGAUCCUCACGCGCCGGAGCUUACCUAAUGGGUUGGAGGAAUUUCUGAAAGUACAGAGGGUGUUUUUCGGAAAUAGGGUUUAUGACGUGAAGCACAUGAUGAGGUUCUGUAAGAGCUUGUACGGUGGGCUGGACCGGGUGGCUCGAACCCUGGAGGUGGACCGGGCAGUUGGGAAGUGCCACCAGGCCGGUUCGGAUAGCUUGCUGACGUGGCAUGCGUUUCAGAAGAUGAGGGAUGUGUAUUUUGUGAAUGAUGGGCCGGAGAAACAUGCCGGCGUGUUGUAUGGCUUAGAGGUGUUUUAAAAAUUGAAAAUAUUCAUUAUUCUAUUUAUUUAUUCUAUUAAAAAAAUUUGUUUGGUAAA